AUACAUAGUGCAUUGCUGUUUGUCAGUGUUUUAAGAUGGCGGACUUGAACGAGAAGUUAUUAGCAGAACUCCUCAAAAAACCAGAAAAUAAUUUGUGUGCGGACUGUGGGACAAAGAAUCCAGAAUGGGCUUCCUAUAACAUAGGAAUAUUUGUAUGUACAAGAUGCGCUGGCAUACAUAGAUCAAUGGGAGCACAUAUUUCCAAAGUGAAACACUUGAAAUUAGACAGGUGGGAGGAUUCUCAGGUGAAUAGAAUUAGAGAAGUUGGUAAUGUUGCUGCUAGACUUCAUUAUGAAGAACGUGUACCGCCAUGUUAUCGUAGACCCAGUCCAGAUACACCGCAGGUAUUGGUGGAACAAUGGAUAAGAGCAAAAUACGAGAGAGAAGAGUUUUGUCACCCUGAACGGCAGAACCAUUAUGUGUCAGGGUUCAUGGAAGGUUUCUUAAUGAAACGUGGUAAAGAAGAUUCACGUUAUCAUCCUCGAAAGUUUGUACUUUGCGAAGCAGAAGAUACAUUAAAAUAUCAUGUUAAAGAAAAUAAGCCUUUUUUUAACCACAAGGAGCCCAAAGCUGUUCUAAGAAUAUCAGAGUUAAAUGUAGCUUUCGCUCCACCUAAAACUGGAAAUCAAAAUAGUUUACAAAUAUCGUUUAUGAAGGAUGGUACAACAAGACAUAUCUAUGUAUACCACGAAGACCCAGAAGUAAUUACAAAUUGGUAUUUAGCUAUACGAUGUGCAAAACUACAUCGUUUAAAGGUUGCAUAUCCUGGAGCAACAGAAGAUGAGUUACUUUCACAGCUUACCAGGGACUUUCCCCGAGAGGGUUUUUUGUGGAAAACUGGGCCUAGGCAUACGGAUGCCUAUAAGAAGAGAUGGUUUACAUUAGAUGGACGAAAACUUAUGUACCACGACGAUCCUAUGGAUGCGCAUCCGAAAGGAGAAAUCUUUUUGGGUCAUACUUCGGACGGUUUCGCCGUGAAAAUUGGAGUACCUCCAGGUGCAAGAGAUCAAGGAUUUUCUUUCACUCUUGAAACACCGGACAGAACCUAUCUCCUUUCUGCUCAAAGCGACGACGACAGAACACAAUGGAUAAAUGUGAUACAAAAGGUCAUAGAGAAGCCACUUACGCCGCAGGAUGCGACUGUGGCGGCGCGUCUCAUAAGAAAACGCACAGCAAGUGGUACAAUGAAUAUAUUUUCUUCUACAAGGUAGGGCUGGAUCCCUCUUAGGUGCCUUUCCUAAUUGUUAAACAUGAAAAUUACCUAGAUAAAUGAAUUGGGCUGUUGUAUCGAGAGAUUAUCAAGUAAUAAAUAGAUUACUCAACAUGCAUGAUGAAUGGGUAACGUGUUAUAAACGCAAACCACUGACAAGUCGUGUGCGUUUACGCGCACGUUCAGAUUCUACGUAUACACAUAAUAUACUUAAUAUUUGUUCAUAAUCAUUAGACUGCGGAUGUUCAUGCAAAUUCACAAUUUUACAAACCAAUUUAUGGAAAGAAAAUUCUAUAGAUCUUUAUUUUAUAUCUUGACAAGUUCGUUAUGUUCUAUGUUAAAUGAAAAAUGUAUUAAUCUUCGUAGACCUUUUUAAUUUACUGUACUUUACAUAGAAUAUGCGUAUUAUGAAUGUAUACGAAUCCGCAGUUUAGUAAUCAUUCACGUUAUAUCGUACAUCUUAUGCAUAUAUAAAACAUUAUAAAAAUAUUUUUAAAACUACAUUGAAUUUUAAAAACUAAUUCCAACGAUUUACGUAUGAUUAUUACUGUUACACUGUAUUCAGAAACUUUACUUUAAAAUCAUACAAAUUUCUAUUGAUUUAUAAUGUCAUAUUUUUCUCAUUAUGUCAUGAAAUAUUCAACAUGUGCAUGUAUGCAUAAGACCAAAGAGGAUGAACCCUAAAAAGACUAUGAUAUGCUCUUCAACGAUACUUUUCGCUUGUUGUCGAAUCAAGCUGUCAGUAUUAUGACACUAUAUUAUACAAAUUUUUACUUAAUAAUAAUAUUGUCUACAUAAUAUUUAUUAGCUGGUAAUUGCCUAUUUACAGUUUUAUAGAACGUUUUGUUUUCGGAUAAUUGAGUAAGCAUUAUAUAGUACGAUGUGUAAAAUGAAAUUACGAAAUUAAAAUACUGAUUUUACAGUA